UGUGAUUUGUUUGUUGGCGAUUCACUGUUUAUAGCCGCAUCAUUUCAUUACUGCAACAAACGGACUCUUGUCCCGCGUAAUUGCCCCUUUUCCCCCGCUGUCCUCCAGCUCUCCAACAUGGACGAAACGAGCCCGCUGGUGUCUCCUCUCCGCGAUUCGAACGAUUUCAGCUACGGACCAGCCGAGCCGACCAGUCCCCGGGGCGGAUUUGGUGGGACGCCGGGCUCUGUGGUGCGUCUGCCGGCGGGGAGUCCGGGGCGCAGCCGGGAGCGACAGCCGCUGCUGGACCGAGAUAGAGGCGCGUCUCCCCGGGACCCGCACAGCAACGAGUUCCCGGAGGACCCGGAGUUCAAGGACAUCAUCCGGAAGGCGGAGCGGGCCAUCGAGGAGGGCAUCUACCCGGAGCGCAUCUAUCAGGGCUCCAGCGGCAGCUACUUCGUGAAAGAUUCAACUGGGAAGAUCAUCGGGGUCUUCAAACCAAAGAACGAGGAACCAUAUGGACAGCUGAACCCAAAGUGGGCCAAAUGGCUGCAGAAGCUCUGCUGUCCGUGCUGUUUCGGCCGGGACUGUCUGGUUCUGAAUCAGGGUUACCUGUCAGAGGCCGGCGCCAGUUUAGUGGACCAGAAACUAGAACUCAACAUCGUACCACGCACCAAAGUGGUGCAUUUAUCGAGUGAAACGUUUAACUACAGCGCUAUUGAUCGUGUAAAGUCCAGAGGGAAGAGGUUGGCUCUAGAAAAAGUGCCCAAAGUGGGCCAGCGUUUUCACCGGAUUGGCUUGCCACCAAAGAUCGGCUCAUUUCAGGUCUUUGUAGAAGGAUACAAAGAUGCAGAUUUCUGGCUGCGGCGCUUUGAAGCGGAGCCGUUACCCGAAAACACCAAUCGCCAACUCCAGUUGCAGUUUGAGAGACUGGUGGUGCUGGAUUACAUCAUCAGAAACACCGAUCGAGGAAAUGACAACUGGCUUAUAAAAUAUGACUAUCCGAUGGAUACAUCAAGCAACAGGGACUCUGAUUGGGUAGUAGUGAAGGACCCCAUCAUUAAACUAGCAGCCAUUGAUAACGGACUAGCUUUCCCUCUCAAACACCCAGACUCAUGGAGAGCCUACCCUUUUUAUUGGGCGUGGCUUCCACAGGCUAAAGUUGCAUUCUCUCAAGAGAUUCGAGAUUUAGUUCUGCCCAAAUUAUCUGACCCGAACUUCAUCAAAGACCUCGAAGAAGAUCUGUAUGAGCUAUUUAAGAAAGACGCGGGUUUCGACAGAGGACAGUUUAAAAAGCAGAUCUCAGUAAUGAGGGGGCAGAUCCUGAACCUCAGUCAGGUGCUGAGGGAUGGUAAAACCCCGUUGCAGCUGGUGCAAAUGGCACCGGUUUUCGUGGAGACGGCGCGGGCACCGCAGCGCUCCAACAGUGAAUCUUACACGCAGAGCUUCCAAAGCAGAAGACCGUUCUUCACCUGGUGGUGAUGGGGGCUUUUAUAAGUGUGUACGGUCUGAUUUUAGAUGCAUUUCCUUGUUUUUUGUUUGUUUAUCUGCGUCGGUACACUGAUUUUGGGAACAAAUGAGAAUAGGGUGAAUGAAUGAAUGGCAAGUAGCAACAAUGCAAGCUACGAAUCAAAUGAGAGAAUGAAGGUGUAAUGUAAUCAUCCUCGGAAAUGGUGAAGGAAGCCUUCGCAUUGCCUUGCAAAAAAACACUGUAUGGACAAACACAAACUGCAUGUCAAUAAGACAAUGGAGACACUUUCUUCUGUAGUAGCUCCUCAAUGCUUGACUGCUUUAGCGCCCUCACCAGCACUGGAAGAGGAACUGCAACGGUAACCGCUCGCGUCGCACGGAUGAACUGUGUAAUGCAAAACUAUCAGAAAACUUUCAGGGUUUUCUUGCCUCGCUUAUUGUUUAUUUGUUUAUCUGUCACACCGUGUCUCCUGUUUUAUUAGCAUGAUAUUUUUCUACCUUUUCUGUUCAUGCGCACGCGUCUGAUGUUCCUAACCCGGAGCGUAAUGUGUGGAAACACCGGAACGUUCCGAUCUCACAGUGACGUUCUUUUUGUUUGAUUUUGAAAAUCAGAAGAUAUUGUAAUUAUUAUUAUUUUUUUUUUAAUCACUGUAUUUACCGGUGUCAACAAAACUGACCUUAAAACAUGUGAAAAUGGACUGUAUAAUUUGUAUGUAAUGUAUUUAAUGAAAGAUGCUUAAACUAUAACAGUGGCGUACUUAAUAAAAGAACAGA